CCAGGGUUGUGAUCGAGACUGCAGAGGUUCCUUGUAUGAUGAGGACAGAUGCGCGAACAAUAAAUCUAAUCGAGGGAACGAACGUUCAGUGAGACCCGUGCUCUUAUCUUCACGCACACUGGUGGCGCUGCACGUGCCGCACUCCUACUCGUGAGUCUCGUGUUAGGAGGUAUGGCUUCUGUUGCUUCUCCUUGCCAUCUCUUCAUCUUGCCUGCGGUGCUUGAGAGUGGUGCUGAGGAGGCCACUGAACCCAUCAUAUUGGAACAUCUGGCGUCGUGAGCCCGAGUGGGAAUACUCGAAUAUCGUGGCCGCCUAUUCACAAUGCCUGGAAGCAGCAGUACUGAUGAGAGAACACCACUCCUGCGAUUCCCAGGAUCCUACCCAUCUCAGCAGUUUCCCGUACAACAAGACGUAGAAGCGCUUUCAAAUGCAUACCACCAAUUCUGCUACCUCAUGGGUAAUCGACCUCCGGACCAUCCAGCCAAGGCGACGUACUAUCCACCCAAAGAUACUCUCUACCAUCGCGCUAUAGAACAUCGCCAAUCGCAGGCCAGGAUAUAUACGUUUACUUCCGCCUUGACAAACACUUUGCUGCUCACGCAAGUCGUAUUAGGCGCUUCGUUGACCGGAAUGGGCGCGAGCCAAUCGCCUGGCUGGCUCAUCACCGUGUUUGGCGCACUCAAUACCAUCAUUGCAGGAUUGGUGGCCUUUCUCAAGUCUCGAGGGCAACCCAUGCGAGCACGUAUGUUCCGCGAUGAUCUCAAUCGGGUUGUGGACGAGAUAGAAAACUCCGCUACCAUGUGGAGAGGAAUAUCGCAAGGCAUUCAUGGUUAUGAUGCUAUCGAUACAGAUGAGACUGUCACUGUACGUAGCGAGGUCGCCCGGUUGACCCGGCUCUAUGAUCGUGCUGUCAAGACGAAUACCAUCAAUGAUCCAGACUACUAUGGCGGGGCUGGUAUCGGUAGCGGCGAUCAGAAUUCGGGUCUUCGCAGUCGCCCCGAUCAAGCUGCUCUCCCUGCACCUGGUUCUGCUCAGCCUGCACCAGCAUCAGUACCAGCGCCUGCACAGGCUGCAGCACCUGCAGCGUCAGCGCCCCCACCUGUGGCAGAUGUCGAUGAAAGCCCAGCGACCAAAGCGCCUGCACCAACGCCUCCCAAGCAAGACCCCCCCAAACCCGAUGACCCCGUUGCAAAUGGUACGGCAGACGCAACAAAGCCAGCCCCUCAACCGUCUAAAAGCAGCGACCCCAAUUUCCCCGCUGCGGAUCCUGGAUCGAAUGCUUCAGCACCAACACAAAUCCCUACCAUCCCGCCACCUCCAGCUGCGACCAGCGCCCCAGUAUCUUUAGCCACGAUCGUGGACCCGGAUGCCAGCCCAGCCACUGCAUCGAUUCCCACGGGAGCUGGCCGGGCCAAAUCGAAUAAGCCGAGCUCCAAAGUCACGGAAGAUCUGUCGGAAGCACAAAGUACCAGUGGAGGAGGAGGAGGAGCAGUGAAGAGCUCGUGA